AUGGUUUUGCAGGUUACCAAAUUAUCAGUUUUAAUUGAAAACAAUGACUUGGGCAACAGUGUUCGAAGAGUAGUUGGACGCAUGUUUAACGAUAACAUUUUGUCAUAUUAUUCAUUAUUUGGGUUCAAACAAAAACUUUCAUUUUCAAGUCUUUUGAGUUAUUGUGUGAUAAUAGAUUCAAUCAGGAAAUCAGUUAAAUACAACAAUGUUCCAGAAAAAGACAUAGAUAACUGUUUGGAUACUUGGCUGUCUCAUGCACCUUUUAGAAUUAAAAAAAAAGAAGCAAAAAAUCUCAAAUGA